UUCCGACAUAGCUAGAGAACAGUGAUGGCAGACAUUCUGACCCUGACGUUAAGCACCUUGAUGUCAGAACCGGGUCUAAAGAGAUCCACUUCACCCAGUAGCAGCAGCACCCUGCUGGUCGGGGGCCGGGGCAUCAGCCGGUCCCUGCUGCUGCUGGCGGCCGUCACAGCGGCCUCUGAGCUGCGCGUCAGAGUCGUGUUCUUCACGCGGACACAGAUCCAGAGUCUGCCGGCGCCUCUGCAGAAGCGGCUCCCGAAUCAGAGUCCGGAAGGCCUGAAGAAAAUCACCUUUUGCUAUCCCAGGACUGUGGAGGAGCUCCUGCAGCAGGUGGCCAGCCUUCACGAUUCCCCCCCCCCGUCUCUGAUUGUCGUGGACAGGCUGGAGGAUUUCCUGUGUGCUCCUGGGCUUCACCCAGGUGAACGGUCCUGUGCUGCUCACCUGUCCGCGCUGCUGUGUGACACGGCCGCCUUUCUCACACAAGUCCUGGAGCAGCGGCCGUCUGGGUCGGCUCCCUGUCGCAUCCUCGCCUCUUACCACUCAGAAUUGGACCCUGGACCGGCUGAAGCGGACGACUGUCCCACAGACCCUGUCCUGGAUGUGCUGGAUCGCUAUUUCCAGAUACGCUGCACUCUGGACCAAGACAGAGGCUAUGGAGCUGCAGCAGCUGGACUGCAGGAGCUGUGGCACAUUUACGUGUCUGGUGGAGAAGCGACCGCCUGGGAGGACGGGCCAGGCGGCGCCCAGGACUGGCAGCUGCUGGUUUCCCCUAGUGGUUCGAUAGAGUUUAAAGUGGUUUGUAAACAUCACUGUCGCUCCACACAUCAAGCUCACGAUUUGUCUCCUCAGUGAUGAUAAAUCACUGUGUUGAUUUCGAGCCUUUCCAGCUCUAAACAGCAAUCUUUCAUGUAAUAUUUACAAUUCUACUGUUCAAGUGUAAAUAAACUGUUUUGAAAAGCUGUGCUAAGGUACAA